GGCUCCAUGUGAGCGGCGCCGAGUCGGGCGGCGGGGCGCGGGCCGGGCCCCCACGCGUUCCUUAUUGCAGUCACACUUGCCAGCCAGGACCGCCAGAGAAGACUCCCUUUGGAACCCAUGAACUUCUCUGACAGUGGCAAAGGAAAGCGAACAGAUAAUUGUUCCAGCAUCUCCCAUCCCUUUGUCAUCUUUGCAAAUGGGAGGCGUUCUGGGCAGUAUGGGAUAGGAGUUUGUCAUACACAUCCCUGUGGGAAAAGACACUGGCUGAAUCAAACCAGUGUCUCACAAUGACAGAGGAAGCAUGCAGGACACGAAGUCAGAAGCGAGCGCUAGAACGAGAAGUAACACAAAAUGACGUGGAUAGUAAAAAAAUAAAAAUGGAGAAAGGACUGUUGGGAACAGAUAUAAAGACUGAAGGUGACAUGAAAAUAAAGACAGAUCCUGGAUCUGGAAAAGUGCAAGGAUUAUUGAAAGGAGGGGAGGUAAAAGCAACCAUUAAAGUUGAGGUGCAGACGGGAGAUGAGCCUGUGGACAUGAGUACCUCAAAAAGCGAUAUAAAGAGAGAAAAGAGAGUCCCCUCUCCUGAUGUCAUAGUGUUAUCUGACAACGAACCUUCAAGCCCUAGAAUGAAUGGUUUAACGAAAAUAGCAUUAAAAGAGACCAACACAGAGGCACUCAUGAAAAGCAGUCCGGAGGAGCGUGACAGAAUGAUUAAGCAGCUGAAAGAAGAGUUACGGUUAGAAGAAGCAAAACUUGUUUUGUUGAAAAAGCUGCGGCAGAGUCAAAUACAGAAAGAGACCACUACUCAGAAGCCAGCCGGUUCCUCGGGGAGUGCUGUGGCUACGCCUCCCCCCUUGGUGCGAGGAACGCAGACUGUUCCUUCUGGCAAGCCAUCCCUUCAGACCUCUUCUACACGCAUACCAGGCACUGUUAUCCCCCCUCCAUUAGUCCGUGGCGGGCAGCAGGCAUCUUCAAAGCUGGGAUCUCAGCAGAACACACAGAUCGUAAUGCCGCCUCUUGUUAGAGGAGCGCAGCAAAUCCACAAUAUCCGACAGCACUCCAGCACGGGGCCACCUCCACUGCUGCUGGCACCACGGGCAUCCGUCCCCAGCGUACAGAUUCAGGGGCAGAGAAUUAUACAACAGGGUUUAAUCCGCGUGGCCAAUGUCCCCAAUACCAGCCUGCUCGUCAAUAUUCCACAGGCCUCACCAACUUCAAUAAAAGGUACAACCGUGACAUCCGCUCAGGCUAACGCCACCACUACCAGCGUUGCUUCUAUAGUGAACUCCAAUGAUUCCCCAGCCAGCCGGCAAGCUGCUGCCAAACUUGCACUGCGCAAGCAGCUGGAGAAGACGCUGCUAGAGAUCCCACCUCCAAAGCCACCUGCACCAGAGAUGCAUUUCCUGCCUAGUGCAGCCAACAAUGAGUUUAUUUACCUGGUUGGAUUGGAGGAAGUGGUGCAAAACUUGCUAGAAACUCAAGGUAAAGUUGUGAUUGCUGCAUCAUCACGUGAGCCCUACGUGUGUGCUCAGUGUAAGACUGACUUCACCUGCCGUUGGAGGGAAGAGAAGAAUGGAACCAUUAUGUGCGAAACUUGCAUGACAUCAAAUCAGAAAAAGGCCCUGAAAGCUGAGCACACUAAUCGACUGAAGGCUGCCUUCGUGAAAGCUUUGCAGCAAGAGCAGGAAAUCGAGCAGCGGAUACUGCAACAGACUGCCUCUCCUGUACAGACCAAGUCAGAAUCCAUAGUCCAGCACCACUCGCUCAAACAGACUCCUAGCCAGAUGUCUCGAGGUCCUUCAGGAGCCCCACGAGGAGUGUUGCAUGCAUUUAGCCAGUCACCCAAGUUGCAGAAUGCAUCCUCUGCAGCCGCACUUGGUAGUAGGCCAGGUAAGCAUGCUGAGAGACCUGUCAGCAAGGGCAACGCUACCAGCUGGAAGAAGACUGCCAUCAAUACAGGCGGAGCUUUACCUUUUGUUAACCCUAGUUUAGCCGUGCACAAGAGUUCUUCAGCAGUAGACCGUCAACGUGAAUAUCUCCUGGAUAUGAUUCCGCCGCGAUCCAUCCCUCAGUCUGCCACUUGGAAAUAAUGCAGAGGAAUGCCUAAGAGGAAAGACUUACCUGUUUCUGCCAUCCUUUUUUAUACCACAGUACAGUGGAAUCUGCUUUAAACCCAGCUGGAUAUGCCCAAGCUUUGUAGGAAGCAAGAAGACCACUCCUCAUCCCAUCGAGUGCUGCUGUCCUUGCCACGAGAAAGUGACACCAGGAGGGUGGAAACAGACUCGAGCUCGUUUGGCUGUUGAAUUCUGAUGAUUGGCUGAUGAUGAAGGCUGUCGGGAGGGGGAAGAAUAAUCCUCUUUAUUUUUUUUAAUUAUUUUUUUUUUGGCUUUAUGUAUUUAGUUUGGGAUUUCUCUUUUGUUUGUCACCAGCACAAAAGGAGGACUGAAAGGACUCGGUCUGCUUUUGGUUUCUUUGUAUUAGUAGCUAGCUAGUCACCACAAAUACACUGUUCAUUGGCAAUCAAGGAUGCAAGUCGGUGUAAGAAAAGUGGAAUCUGAACACAAUGAUUGCGGAUACGUUUAGCAGGUGGACUUCACGUUCGCUUCCCCUCUUCCCCCACCCCGGGAGGGCAAUCGACAAAUUGUCACGUUUCAAAAUCUCCUGAUAAUGAUACUGAAGUGCAAACUCCAGUUCCAGUUGGGCACGUCUUCUGAUGGACUAGUCGUUGCCCGAGCAGGGCAGGAUGCGAGAGCCAGGACGGGCCUCUCUCACUUUCGCCGGAUAUAGACUUUGUGAACAUUUGACGCUCUAAAACCUUAAACUACUGAACAGUAAACGAAUAGCCUUGUUCAGUCUCUCGAGCCCAGCGCAGAUCAGUCGGCCCUUUCAGAAGUUCCCAGAGAUUUAAAAUGAUUUUUUUUUUUGCAGGGGGCGGGGGAAUGGGGCGGGCUUGGUGGUUCUUGCCAGAGCUUUUACUCAAACUAGGAACUCCAGACGCUGUGUGCAAUCUGAGGGCGAGCGCAGGGAGCAGAGGGAUACAAGGCUGCAGUCAGGCGACAGGUUCUUUCCUCUGUUCCCGCUGGAGAAGCCGUCUUUCCUAGCCUACAUGUUAGCGGUGUGAUGACUGGGACAAGCUCAUGGUGGGCAUGCUUCGGCCCCUGCUGCCUAGCCCCAGUCCCCCCCCCCCCUUUCGAAUUCCGUUCUUCCAUGCAUACCGCGCAUGCUCCUCUAUCACGUUGCCUCCGUAUUUCAGUUUUGGUAGAGCUUUGGCUAACCCUGCUUUAAGGACAGGUCUCUACGUGGUUUUCAUAUAUUUGUGGAAUCCCCCAAAUAUUUAGAAGCAUCAGGUCUGUUUUUUGGCCCCCUACCCCUUUUGAAUUGGUUUCAAGUGGCAGAAAUGUAUGCCUUACUAUUUGUAUUGCAUAUUGGUACUAGAACUAGUGCUGAUAUGAAUUCUUUGCAAAAUUAUAUAUAUAUCUAUCUAUAAAGAAGGAGGGAUACUAUUUGGGUUCCGCUCUGAAUCUGGUAUUUUCUUAGCAGCUGUAGUUAGAUACUUAAUUUAAAGCAGUUACUGUAUAGGGUGUCCCUCUUCAGAUCCAGCUAUCACAUAAUAAUAAAAAAAUCAUUUAACCCCCUC